CUCGCUCUCAGUCUAAGUUGUGGGCAGAAGGGAGAGGAUGCUCCCUCAUGGGACCACCUCACCUGGACUCUCCAAUGCCAAUGCCAACGCCAACACACAGGGCCGUGCACGAGCCUUGGGCGAGCUGUCUGGGUUUCCAGAAAUGUGGAGACCAUGGACUCUUACUGGAAGAGACCCUCAGCCUGAAAAGACUGUGACUGGACCAAACAGACAGGCCUCAAAGGACAUGCAAGGUUUUCAUCACCCAGUGAGGCUGUUCCUGCCCAGAUCUAAAAUCCAGGAGUAUCUAUCCCAUCUGGGACGGAAAGUCCUGGCCAGCUUCCCUGUUCAGGCUACGCUGCACUUCUACAACGAUGACUCCAGCUCUGAGGAAGACGACGACGACGAGUUUUAGCUCCCAUUAAACUGGACCAACCAAAAGAACUACCAGCAUGGAGACU